CACAUAGACAAAGUGGUGAAGCACAAAGACCUGCAGCAGCAGCUGGUGGACGCCAAGCUGCAGCAGGCCCAGGAGCUGCUGAAGGAGUCGGAGGAGCGCCACGACAGAGAGAAACACUUCCUGCUGAAAGAAGCGGUGGAGUCUCAGAGGAUGUGUGAGCUGAUGAAGCAGCAGGAAGUCCACCUCAAGCAGCAGCUGUCACUGUACACGGAGAAGUUUGAAGAGUUUCAGAGCACUUUGUCCAAGAGCAACGAGGUCUUCACCACGUUCAAACAGGAGAUGGAGAAGAUGACUAAAAAGAUCAAGAAGCUGGAGAAGGAGACGGCCAUGUACCGGUCCAGGUGGGAGAGCAGCAACAAGGCUCUGCUGGAGAUGGCAGAGGAGAAAUCGGUGCGUGACCGUGACUUCGAGGCCCUGCAGGGUAAGGUCCAGCGUCUGGAGAAGCUGCGUCGGGCUCUGAAGGUCGAGCGCAACGAGCUCAACAAGAAGGUGCAGAACCUCAGUUGUCCAGAAAGUGGCGCUGUAGGAGCCCCUCCCUCAACCCCAGGGACGGACUCCCCCCCUCCCCCCCCCACGGACUCUCUCCCUGCCCCGGACGCCCCCCCCUGCUCCCACUCCUGCCACUGUGAGCCACACCUGGACACAGACUCUCUGCGAGAGGAAGCAAAGCCUCUGCCUGUCGCUGUGCAGGAAUGAAGCAAAGCAGCCUCAAAACCCCCUACAAUAAGCCCCCCCCGCUUCCUCCUCCGCUGGAAGAAGCUGAAGUUAAACACUGGUCCAGAAACAGAUCAGAAAGCAAGCUUAACUUGUGUCCUCCCAGCAUGCACUGCAGGCUUUAGGACGGUGAUGAGAAAAUGCCUCAUCUGUCACAUAGCUCAAUUACUGUGAAGACCCCUCGUUAAGAUCACUGUUUAGUCAAAGCAUUUACACAAACUUAUUUCUCCCCCAAAUCCAUGCAUUACUCUUUUUAAUUCCCACAGGCAGGUUCCAUUAGCUACACCAUGCUGCUGGUUGUGUAUGGAAACAUGGCUUCCAGUACACCACCUUCACUUCAUUGAAUCAAAACAUAAAUAUAUUAAUAGGCGACGUUUUCAAGUUUUGUUAUCUUUCUCCAACUUGACUUCCAAGUUCAUAUGAAGGCUGCAGUAAUAUCUUAUCAAACUAUCAGUGUGCAUUUCAGUUGCACCGACUCCCUCUGUGUUUUGCUGUACAACUACACAUUCCCUUUUUGACAACAGUGCUGCUUGAGAGGACGCGUGCUAAGUAGGAAUGUGACGAGAGGUCAUCUGUGUGUGUGUGUGGCCCCUCAGGUCCUUUUGCAUCCUCCUCUCUCAAUGUGUUUUGGAAGGUGUGAGUCAGAGCUUCUAAUUUCAUAUUUUUCUUCCAGUUCUUUACUUUAAUAUGAAGUAAAGAAUGUCUCCAGCCAAUCCAAAUUAUAACAGAAAUAAUAUAGGAUUCUACACAAUUAUUAAAGGGCAUUUGAGUUUGUUUUUUUCAUUAUUUGACAAGUUUCCAGUUCUUGCUUGUCGGCCAUUUGAGGGAAAAUGUUUUCUUGUUUGCAUCACACUUAUUCAUUUCCGCUGUGUUUGUGUGUUCUGUAUUUAUUGUUUAAUCAUUAUUUAAAUGUAUGUAUCUUACAGAGCACCACUAAAAAUAAACCUGUUUUUUAUUCAUUUAUAUUCGUGUUACUUUUAGGACCAAAUGUUUCAUUCCUAGCCUCUCGAAGAUCACUUGUUGUUAGGUGUGUGUGUGUGUGUAUGUCCUCCUCUCCCAAUGUGUUUGGAAGGUGUGUAAUUCAUAGCUUCUAAUUUCAUGCCUUUCUUCCAGACCACUUGAAGUGUGUGUGGCUACGAUUGUCUCCUCCCAGCCCUGAUAAUUGCAGUAGCGUGUAAUCAGGUUUCAACCAGAGAAUGUUCGAGGACCUCUAUGCAACGCUUGCCUUUUGGUCUUCACUCUGUGGCAGUCGCAACUCGACAAGCACUUAGCUGAGAAUGUAAACUCAUCAUCUCCACUGUCCUGCAUGGAUGUAAUACACCGGCGACAUGUCUCACAGCAGAACCGUAGGAUUAUUAAACCUUGUUAUCGCCUCAGCUGAGCGUAAUACUUUCCAAGGAGCAGUGGCUGAGCCAUAUGGGAAUAAGGAAAUGUUAUUGGCCUUUUGAAUUGUAGUUUGACAUGUCAGUUUAUCUUCAGACAUUCUUAUGUAUUAAUUAAUAUGUAGCAUUGUUAACAAGACAUCGACUCAUUUUCCAACGGCUCACUGUUUCUCUGCUCCUGUGUGGGGGGGGGGGGGGGGUUCAGUGACCGUGAGAAGGAACCAAAGAUGUUUCCUUAUUUUGUCUUUUGCAGUACUUUUAUCUGGCCCUGUAUAUUUUUGUUUCUUGUUAAUAAAGGAUGUAACAGUGUA